AUGAAAAAAAUGUGGUCGAAAAAAAUUAUUAAUCUAUUUAUAUUUUGUACCUUUUAUUAUUCCAUUGGUCAAAUUAGUUCAAGAGAAAAUGAAACUAAAGUUAAUGUAUUAAAUAGAAUGGGUCGUAAACAUGGGAAUUUAAAAAAAAUAAACCCUCACAAUAAUAUAAAGGAAAAUGUAACAGAUGAUUACAAUUUUGAUAAGAAAGAAUCUUUCAUUUUUUUAAGUCAAAAAUCAAAAGAAGAUAAUUCUAAUGAUGAUGAGGAAGACGAUGAAGAAGAUGAAGAUCACGAUCAAGAGCAUGACCAAGAACAUGAUCAUGAUCAGGAACACGAUCAUGAAAAUAGUGAUGAUAAUAAUGAUAAAGCUAAAAAAAACGAAUCUACACAACCCCUCAAAGAAGCUUUGCCUCCUCCCCCUCCACCAGUAGUUCCGCCUCCACCUCCUAUGACACCAUCAAGUAUUGCGGGACAUGUUGUAUCAAAUGUUUUCCAGGCUGGAUUGAAAUUAAUAGGUAUUCCAUAA